CGCAGUGUUGUAUAACAUGACACGCUGUCGUAAUUACUGGUCAUAGCAAUUCUUUUGGAGACAAACGUCUCAGCGGAAUCCCAGGACAUUUUCGAGUCUGCCGAUUUUCUAUGGUAUAGGCCCAUUGACUCAUUCUAACGCCCGCUGAGGGCCGAAAUUGACUAUUUAAUUCGAUUAUGUCCAGCGUACGGCCCGGUUGUCCCCUGCUGUCAUCCGCGAGAACACAGAUGAGGCUCAACCUGAUUUUGAUUCCUCGGCGUAUAGACAUUCUGUGUGGCUUCAUGCUUGGAAAUGUGAUGCAAUUUGUGGAGUCGAGACACGUGUACAACUUCGCUUUGACUGAUAAUUAUCGUAAGCAUGCUACUAGCUCAUCUGCACUUCUUUUGAGACAGACCAAUGAUGUCCAGGACCUGGCACCCAAACCAGGUCUUAGACAAAUCAUUUCAAGGAAGGUGUGGUCUACUACCCGUCCUUCCGAUAUAUUUGAGUUGUGUCGUGCUGUGGAGAGUCGCACCGUGAAUUUUAUAUUUGUCGAUGACUUACAACAAUGGCCGCCUUCGAGCUUUACUCGUGGCCUUCUAGAAUUCUGUUGGAGCCUUCAGCUGUCACUUCAAAAUCGCGAAGCAGACCAAAACUACGGUGAUGGCCGGUCAGCGCGCUUCGUGCCCCCGAUAUCCUCGAAUUUCAAAGUUUGGAGUCUACAGCUGGAAGCACUGAUUGUUCGGCGCAAACCUCUUCUUGCUUUGAUGAUCUCCUGUAAUAUGAUGAUCUGUCAUUAGAAAUCGUGCGGUUGACUCUCAAGAACGUUUUCGCGAAGCAGGGUACCUCCUAGAUACCGAUCGGCUGCAGAAGUCAGUGACUCAGUGAUAGCUGCACUGAUGCCAUGAUAUGGGAGCGGUGAUUCUGCCAGUUGUCGUAAUGCCAAAAGAAUUAGUGAAAUAUGUUUAUUAUACAAUCC